GCUAUUGUUCCUCCCCGGGCCACCGGCCCCACAUCGGUAAGAUUUUCUGGUGUGGGGAACAUACCCGCUGUCGCUGCCGUUGCACCAUGGUGAAAUUUCAAGAAACCGGAGGCAGCGAAGGUCGAGCAUGAAAGUGCUAUAUAAGGGCGGAGAGCGUCGAUCAGGACCUUCCUUCGUCUGUAUGCCCCUAAAGCCCUUCCUUCUUCAUCCUUCAACAUGCGUUUCGAUUUCCUCAUCGCUGGUCUGGCAUUGGCCUCGUCUGCAUCUGCAGCUGCUGCCCCAAAACCUACCUCUUACGUCUUGACGGGUGAUUCGACAACCGCUCCCGUUAUCGGAUGGGGCGACCAAUUCUGCAAGCUCACCGCCCGCUGCUACAACAUCGCCGCCUCCGGCAGGACUACGGCCACGUUCCGAUCAGACGGUUACUUCCAAAAGGCGCUCGAUAGGGUUAAAGCGGAUGUAGCUGCCGGAUUCGCCCCGCGCGUAACGAUCCAGUUCGGACAUAAUGAUCAGAAAGUCAUGGACACCACCACCUUCAAGAAGAACAUGGCUGGUCUUAUCGCCGACAUCAAGAAGGCCGGUGGAAAACCCAUCGUCGUUACAUCGCUCUGCCGUCGUACAUUCAACAGCAAGGGCGUGUUGACGGACAAGCUGGAGGACUGGGCCGUCGCUGCGGAACAGCAGGCGGACACAUCCUCGGUCCCGUACGUUGAUCUCCACGGCAAAUGUAUCAAGUACAUCUCCGCCAUCGGCAAGGACAGCGCCAUGAAGUUGAACGCAAAGACUGGCAAGACACCCGGGGAUGUGUUUGACCCCAAGACGGCUGAUACGACACAUCUGAACACGGAGGGCGGGAUCAUAUUCAGCAGAGUGGUUGGUGAUCUCAUCACUGCCCGCAUUGCGAACGCUGGUAUCAAGGCGAACCCGGCGUUGUCGGCGAAGAUUAACGCUGGCAAGGCUGUUUACUGAACACGGCGUACCCGUCUGCCUUGUGACCUUCACUUCUUCUUUCAAUGGCGUAUUCCUUAUAGAC